AGCAGCUGAGGAUACGUGUAACUCAGCGCAGGACCCCUCUGGAGGGGUGCGGAGGUCACCAUGGAAAUAAUUUGCCUGCACACAUCCUUGGCCUUCCUUGUCCUCCCUCUUAUUGUGCUUGGGGCACCCACUGAUGAGCCCAGCCUCACAGAACCAAGUCCAGGUGCUUGCAAGCGCUGUUGUGAUCCACUGGAAUCCUCUGCAGAAGCCCCACCACUCUCUCCCAGUCACCACCACUUGCCCUACCCAAUGCCAGAGGUCCGUCCAUAUAUCAACAUCACCAUACUGAAGGGAGACAAAGGAGACCGAGGAGAGCCUGGACUGCCAGGAAAAUGGGGCAAAGAAGGGCCACGAGGUGAGCGGGGUGCCCAAGGCCAGAAAGGCAGCAAAGGACAGAUGGGCACAGCAGGGGACCCCUGCAAGCAUCAGUAUGCUGCAUUCUCCGUGGGUCGCAAGAAGGCACUGCAUAGCAGYGAGGGCUACCAGGUCUUGAUCUUUGACACAGUCUUUGUCAACCUCUACAGCCACUUUGACAUGUUCAAUGGCAAGUUCUACUGCUAUGUAGGAGGUUUUUACUACUUCAGUCUCAACGUCCACACCUGGAACUUCAAGGAGACCUAUAUGCACAUCAUGCACAAUGAGGAAGAGGCAGUCAUCUUGUAUGCCCAGCCCAGUGACCGCAGCAUCAUGCAGAGCCAGAGCCUCAUGCUGGAGCUGCAGGAAAACGAUGAGGUCUGGGUGCGGCUCUACAAGCGGGAGCGGGAAAAUGCCAUUUACAGUGAUGAUGUUGAUGUGUACAUCACCUUCAGCGGGUACCUGGUCAAACCCAGCCUUGACUAACUGCCCUUUGCUGCCCCCUGGGCCUCUUUGGGCUUUUUCUUCUUCCUCUCACUCUCUCUUUACCGCCCACAGUCACUGCAAACCACUUGGAAAUGGGCCUGUCAAGUCUCAGGCACUGAGUAUGAGACUUGCCACACUGGCUACCACCUCAUGCUCCCUUCUCUCUUGCAGCAAGGCCUAUAUCUGUGCAUUGCUGUCUCUUACUCCCUUGCCUCAUUACCACAUCUGAGUUUAUUGGUUUGUUCUAUAAACUGCCAGCAAGCUGUAGCUGGCACAUGGGAUCCUGGAGCAGGAGGGAUACUAAAUGCAGUUCCUAGGAAUGGUCCCUCUUUGGAAUUUCAUGCGCAAAGAACUACUUUAGAAAGGGUUAGAAAGUUUCCACUGCUUAGGUGUAUCAGGAUUCUUUAUCCUGGUUGGAUGUGUUAGUUUUGCAGCCUGCAACAUGAUUCUACUGUCAGCUCUCCUGCGUGUAAACAGACUGGAGUCUGUUUCCCCCUGUAGCAUGAAGAAAAUGUAGGUCUGGUGGAAGAUACAUAUUAUCUUUCCAAACAGGGGACAGACGACCUUCCAAAGUAUGUAAUUGACUCACUUUAGACACCAUUUUGCAUCACAGAGUCUUCAGGUUACAGCACAGAAUUCUGGGUUUUGUGGCCCUUCCCCAGCUUAGAUUGGAUAUAAGAUUUAGGCCUGGUAGAAUAGUCUUCUGCUAUGAGGCCUGGAAGGAUAGUCUUCUAGCUAUCAGUGUCAGAUCUAGCUUUUCCAUGAGGGAAGGGCAAGACCCUCAGCCAGACCCUGCAGAGGCUUCUGCCCUCUGAAUCAGUAGAAUCUGCUGCUUUAUCAUCUUUAAGGAUCCUAAGUGCAGAACGAAAGAGUGAGAGGGAACCCAUACAAACUUUCCCAAAGCAUGGCUCAAUUACAUUUUCCCAGCUUGGGGAAAGCCUAGCAUAUCCCUUUCCUAAGAACAGAUGGUGCACCAGAUUCUGCUGUCCUCUCUGGCGGAAGUGCAUCCAUGCUUUUCCAGUGAUGUCAGCAAUUAUCGCUAAUACCUGCAGAUGCGAAGGGAGAAUUUGGGCAGGACUGUGGCCCCUAUAUGCCAUCAGAUCAAUCUUCCUGAAGGUGGUUCUUCUGUGUCACUAUAGAAGGACAUCUGUUUCAGGACCUAUUGCAGUUAAACUAUAGUUUUAAAACUUGGACAAGUUUGACACCUUCUUGCCUCUGUGAGGGAAAAGAGGUAGGGGCAAAAUGGUAUCAUGAAAAGAGGUGAGACUUCAGCACCAUGCCCCAGUAUUAAAAACAUCCCUGACAUCUCUUCUUUGCCCUUUUCUGGCAACUUCGUCAUAAUAAUUGGGUUAAGUGUGUUGCUAAAACAAAUCCUCACACUUUUUGUCAGGUUGGAGAGCUGGCUGGAAUGAAUGCCAGUAGUAGGAUUUGAUAGUGAAGGUCUCAUGCCGCUUUUGCUCACAUUCCUUUCCCGCUCACAUUGCUGCAGUCUUGGAGGGGAGCAGAUGAGGCCGACUCAGCACUUUGGAAAACCUACUUCCACGUGCUCUGAUACUGCUGCAAACAACAGUGCAAGGGAAGGGUUGUCUCUCUUGAGUCUCAGGACAGGACAAGCAGGAGAAACCGUAUUUCUCCUCUGCCCAUAACUAAUAAUGAAAUCUUCCAACUUAACUAGCUUCUGUUGUCUCAUGAUUAACCAUGGUCUCUACCUAUAAUAUCUGGGACUACCAGAACUCUCCCAACAGAAAUAUAUAUCAAAUUAUUYUACAGGAUGAGGUCAGGUACACUCUUCCCAGGAUGGCAAAAGCACAUAGAAAUAGGAAAAAUAUUAAAAAUGAACUUGAGAGAAUUGCAGGCCAUUUUCUCUCUUGUGGUGAUUUCUUAUCCUGCCUGCUUUGCUAAGGAAGUUGUACAGACUGGAAUGAGUUUCAGAAUCUUUGUGUCCCUGAUCCUCAUCACCAUUCUUAUUUGGACUGUGGGUAUAAAUACAAGGUUCAUCUGAGGCAGAACUGGGUCUUCCCUGGUGAACCAUGUGGUGAUAGGAUCAUGGGAACAGAAGGGGUCUGGGUUUCUUCCUCUCCACUGGCAGAUGGGGUAUGUGGAAUUGCUCAGAGACAAUUUUCAGGCAGUAGAGAGGAAGCAACAUGCUGGAGGUGAUGUUCAGGACCAAAUUUAUUUAUUUCUUCCUGAGCUGCAGGCUACAAACCCAGAUAUGUAUUUACAGUGCGCAGUGCCCCCCUGUCUCCAAGAGCAGAAACAAGCCUUUCUAACACUGAAUAAUCAACCCAAACUACUCUGUUCCUCCUUUCC